AUGGAGAAAAAGCAGUGGGUGUGGGAGAAGUUCGGAGUAAGCAUGGAGGAAUUUUGGUCGCCACCAAGGUGCUUCUGGAAAACCGUUCGCCACCUCGAGAGGAGGAAGCGGGGAACCAUCCAAGCUGUGUACAUUAAGGAUGGGACAUUGUUGACCUCAACUGAGGAGGUGAUAGGACAAUGGAAGAAGCACUUUGAGAAACUCCUAGGUCCAGCUGACACGUCCUCUGUGGCUGAAUACUGCGUGUGUGUUAAUGCUGUUAUCCUGUCAAACUUUAAAGGUUGUGUUGUGAACCAAACUCUAAUUAUGAAAAACUCUACACAGGUUUCAUAUUUCAUUUUGGGAGCAUACUUUGAUAUUGGACUGUUUAAAUACUUACUGUUUUUGAUCAUCAUGUGUUUUUAUGCUUUAAUUAUCUGUGCCAAUGUGUUGCUGAUUGUGGUUAUCUGUGUGAACAGGAGCUUACAUGAACCUAUGUACCUUUUUCUGGUCAGCCUGUUUGUAAAUGAACUGUAUGGUAGUACAGGGUUGUUUCCAUUCCUUCUGGUUCAGAUCCUCUCUGACAUUCACACAGUUUCUGCUUCUCUUUGUUUCCUGCAGAAUUUCUGCUUGCAUACUUAUGUAAAUGUACAGUUUUAUAAUCUAGCUGUGAUGUCUUAUGACAGAUAUCUUGCUAUCUGUUAUCCUCUGCAGUAUCACACUCGUAUGACAUAUAAUAAGGUAGCCGUGCUUAUUGUUCUAACAUGGUUAUUCCCUCUUCUUGCAGUUGUUGUCAUGAUAUCAUUGAGUUCCUCCUUACAGCUGUGUAGGAACCGUAUUGACAGAGUGUUCUGCAACAACUACUCUAUUGUGACACUGGCCUGCUCUGACACCACAGUCAAUAACAUCUAUGGACUCAUUUACACUUUCAUUGUUGUAUUUGGUCUUGCAAUACUAAUAUUUUGCACCUACAUGAGGAUCCUUAAAGUGUGUUUUUCUGGUUCUAAGCAGACGAGACAGAAAGCUGUCAGUACCUGCACACCUCACCUCGCUUCCACAAUCAACUUUUCUUUUGGGUGUUUUUUUGAAGUAAUACAGAGCAGGUUUGAUAUGGGGAGUACACCCAUUAUGUUCCGUAUUUUUGUAUCGUUAUACUUUCUCACCUGCCAACCGCUCUUCAACCCUUUGAUGUAUGGGCUAAAUUUGAAAAAAAUCCGCAUCAAAUGUAAAAAUCUCAUCUUUGGUAAAGUGUAA